AUGGCGUGCUCAGGAGGAGCUUUGCUCACUGGUAUUACUUCGCCAUUGUUUUCUUCAUACUCAGACAGCAGCAGCAGCAGAAGGAGGAAGUUGAAGGUACAUAACAGACCAAAUUCUGGCACCAUUUUUGUUUCCACUGUUUGUUGUUCUUGCUCUGUCUCAACUAGUUCUAGUACUGCUGCUGAUGACCCAGAAUCACCUCUUCCUCCACCACAAAAAUUUAGAUAUAGCAGAGCUAUCCCUUCGCUUAGAUGGCCCCACCUUAAUUUUACUGACACCCAUCAGUCCCCUUUCACUGUAGCCUCCCCUAAUUCCUCCAAACCUGUGAUUGAUGAUAUUCAUGAUGUUGAUGUUGAUGAUGAAAAUGAGCAAACCAGUGAUGGGUAUGAUACAGAAGGGGGAGGAGGUAAGGAAUCAAUUAUGAACAAUGACUGUGAUCAAGUAGAGGAAAUGUGGGGUGGUAGGGAUGGUAAUAGCAGUGGUAAUAGGACUAAGGUCAAGAAGAUGAAUAAACUGGCAUUAAAGAGAGCUAAAGACUGGAGGAAGAGGGUUGAUUUUUUGACUAAUAAGAUUUUGGGGCUAAACCCUGAGGAGCAUGUAGCUGACGUACUGGAUGAGAAGUUGGUUCAAAUGACACCAACAGAUUUCUGCUUCGUGGUAAAAUGGGUUGGCCAAUCUAGCUGGCAGAGGGCUUUGGAGGUCUACGAAUGGCUCAAUCUUCGCCAUUGGUACUCUCCCAAUCCGCGCAUGCUUGCAACUGUGCUAGGUGUGCUUGGAAAGGCCAAUCAGGAAGCUCUGGCCGUGGAAAUAUUUUCGCGCGCAGAGCCUCAGGUUGGUAACACUGUCCAAGUGUACAAUGCAAUGAUGGGAGUUUAUGCUCGAAAUGGUCGUUUUUCGAAGGUGCAACAACUCCUUGAUUUGAUGCGCGAGCGAGGUUGUGAGCCGGACUUAGUGAGUUUCAAUACUCUGAUCAAUGCACGUUUGAAGUCUGGCCCGAUGACGCCAAACUUGUCCAUCGAACUUUUGAAUCAAGUCAGGAGAUCGGGGAUUCGACCCGAUAUAAUUACUUACAACACUAUCAUCAGCGCCUGUUCCCGUGAGGCCAAUAUGGAGGAAGCUGUUAAGGUUUUUGAUGACAUGCAAACCCACAAGUGCCAACCUGAUUUGUGGACAUAUAAUGCCAUGAUCUCCGUCUAUGGAAGAUGUGGACUUCCAGGAGACGCUGAACGACUCUUCCAGGAUUUGGGAUCCAAAGGGUUUUUCCCUGAUGCUGUUACAUAUAAUUCCCUGCUGUACGCAUUUGCAAGGGAUGGUAAUGUUGCGAAGGUGGGGAAGAUCUGUGAUGAAAUGUUAAAGAUGGGCUUUGGAAAAGAUGAAAUGACUUUUAAUACCAUCAUCCACAUGUAUGGGAAAAGUGGUCAGGAUGAUCUAGCCUUGCAACUCUAUAGAGACAUGAAGACAUCUGGUCGAAAUCCAGAUGUAGUUACAUAUACUGUUCUUAUUGACUCACUUGGGAAAGCAAAUAAGAUAGCAGAGGCUGAAAAAGUAAUGUCAGAAAUGCUUGAUGCUGGUGUAAAGCCUACUGUUCGUACCUACAGUGCUCUAAUCUGUGGGUAUGCAAAAGCUGGAAAGAAAAUGGAGGCUGAGGAGAUGUUCAAUAGCAUGCGGCGUUCUGGAAUCAGACCAGACCAAUUGGCAUAUUCUGUCAUGUUGGAUAUUCAUUUAAGGUCUAAUGAUAUCAAGAAGUCGUUCAUCUUGUAUCAGGAAAUGGUUGAUGAUGGAUUCCGACCAGAUCUAUUCCUUUAUGAGGUUAUGCUCCGAUUUCUUGGAAAAGAAAACAAAGCUGAAAGUAUCUGGAAAGUGGUUAGGGACCUAGAAAUAUUCCAUCAGCUGAACCCACAGGCAGUCUCAUCUCUGCUGACAAAGGGAGAGUGCUACAGUUUUGCAGCAGAAAUGCUUAGAAAAGCUGUUGUACAGGGUUAUACUUUGGAUAAGGAUAACUUGUUAUCCAUUCUCAGUUCAUAUAGCUCAUCUGGAAGGCACUUGGAAGCAAUUGAUCUGUUAAAUUUUCUGAAAGAGCAUUCUUCUGGGUAUAGCAAAUUCAUAUCUGAAGCCCUGGUCGUUAUUUUCUGCAAGGCUCAUCAGUUGGAUGCUGCCUUACUUGAAUACUAUAAACUCCGGGAAUAUAGUUUCUUUACCAGGAGUUUCACCAUGUUUGAUUCCCUAAUAAAGUGCUGUGAGGAGAGUGAACAUUUUGAUGAAGCUUCACAAAUUUUCUCUGACAUGAGGUUCAAUGCCCUAGAACCUUCUUGGGAUAUUUACAGAAUCAUGACCAUUAUUUACUGUAGACUCGGCUUUCCAGAGACUGCUCAAUGUUUAGUUCAUGAGGCCGAAUCCAGGGGCAUUGCUGUUCAGGAUAUUUCUAUCUAUGUUUGUCUUAUUGAGGCUUUCGGUAAGUUGAAGUUACUAGACAGGGCAGCAAUUGUCGUGGGUACUCUGAGACGCCACUAUGGUACUGUGGACAGGAAGGCUUGGAAUGCAUUAAUGCAAGCUUAUGCAGCAAGUGGUUGCUAUGAAAAUGCAAGAGCUGCAUUCAAUACCAUGAUGAGAGAUGGUCCUUCCCCAACAGUAGAAACCAUUAACAGCCUUCUGGAAGCAUUGAUUGUUGAUAACAGAUUGAGUGAGCUUUAUGUUGUAAUUGAAGAGCUGCAAGACAUGGGUUUUAAGAUCAGCAAGAGUUCUACUAUGUUGAUGCUGGAAGCUUUUGUACAAGCAGGUAACACAUUUGAAGUGAAGAAGAUAUAUCAGGGAAUGAAAGCUGCAGGAUAUUUUCCAACCAUGCAUCUGUACAGGGUCACGAUUGGACUAUUGUCCAGAGCAGGAAAAGUGAGAGAUGUAGAAGCUAUGGUCUUUGAAAUGCAGCAAGCAGGGUUUAAGCCAGAUCUUUUUAUAUGGAAUUCAAUGCUUAAAAUGUAUACAAGGACUGAAGAUUAUAAGAGGGCUGUUCAAGUAUAUCAGCAAAUUAGUGAAGCUGGACUAGAACCAGAUCAGGAUACAUACAAUACUCUGAUAUUGAUGUACUGUAGAGAUUGCAGGCCAGAAGAAGGUCUUAAUUUGAUGCAUCAAAUGACACAGAAAGGUCUUGAACCACGGUUGGAUACCUACAAAAGCUUGAUUGCAGCAUUUUGUAAAUUGUUGAUGCUGGAACAAGCUGAAGAGCUAUUUGAAAGGCUUAGGUCUUCAGGACAGAAGCUUGAUCGUUCCUUUUAUCAUUUAAUGAUGAAGAUGUACAGAAGCUCGCAGAAUCAUGCUAAAGCUGAAAAGCUGACGGUAACAAUGAAGGAAUCUGGAGUGGAACCUUCGAUUGCUACCAUGCAUUUACUUAUGACUUCUUAUGGUACCUCCGGCCAACCGAUAGCAGCAGAGAAAGUUCUCAAUGACCUUAAGAUUUCCGGUAUAACUCUUGGUACAUUACCGUACAUAUCUGUCAUUGAUGCUUAUCUUAAGAAUGGAGAUUACAGCGUUGCCAUUCAGAAACUCUCUGAGAUGAGGGCUGAAGGUUUAGAACCUGAUCAUAUGAUAUGGACUUGCUUUAUUCGAGCUGCAAGUCGGUGCCACAGUUUAUCGGAGGCGUUAACUCUUUUAACUGCUGUUGGAGACACUGGAUUUGAUCUCCCUAUCAGGCUUUUGAAUAGUACUUCGGAGUCAUUGGUACAGGAGAUGGAUCAUUGUCUUGUAAAUUUGAAGCUUUUGGAAGAUAAUAUAGCAUUUAACUUUGUCAAUGCCUUGGAAGACCUGUUAUGGGCUUUUGAACUCCGGGCCACUGCAUCGUGGAUUUUCCAGUUGGCAAUCAAGAGAAAUAUUUAUCGCCAUGACAUAUUCAGGGUAGCUGAGAAGGACUGGGGGGCUGACUUUAGGAAGUUGUCUGCUGGUGCUGCUCUUGUUGGUUUAACUCUCUGGCUUGACCACAUGCAGGAUGCUUCAUUGGAGGGUAUCCCUGAAUCUCCAAAAUCUGUGGUUCUGAUAACAGGUGCAUCAGAAUACAAUCAGGUUUCUCUUAACAGUUCACUUAAAGCAUACCUCUGGGAGAUGGGAUCUCCAUUUUUGCCUUGUGAAACUCGAAGUGGCCUCCUUGUUGCAAAAUCUCAUUCCUUGCGGCUGUGGUUAAAAGAUUCUCCCUUCUGUGAGGACUUGGAGUUGAAGGAUAGCUUGAAACUUCCAGAGACAAAUUCUAUGCAGCUGGUUGGAGGAUGUUACAUCCGACGUGGCCUUGUACCUGCUUUUAGGGACAUAAAUGAGAAGCUUGUGGGAGUGAGACCAAAGAAGUUUGCACGGCUUGCAUUGCUGCCAGAUGAGAAAAGAGACGGGGCAAUUCAAGCUGAAAUCGAAGGGCGAAAGGAAAAGUUGGCAAAACUUAGAAAAAGAACAGGACUUGUCCAAAAGAAGGGCUUGCGUGUGAGAAGGAAAAAAUUUGUGAGGCGUGCAACCCCAUUAGAUUCAUCAAAAGAGUUCAGAUAA